AUGUCUGACCUAUCCACCACCACCAACAUCCUCAUCACCGGUGUUGCCCGCGGAAUCGGCUACACAAUCCUCACGCACCUCCUCCUCCGCCCCAACCACACCGUAAUCGGCACCCUCCGCAGCCUCCCCUCCACCACCGAACCGCACCCCCUCCACCUCCUCCCCAAGCACCCCACAACAACCCUCAUCCUCCUCCCCCUCGAAUCCACCACCGCAAGCGACUACACUGCCCUCCUCACCUCCCUCACCACGCAGGGCAUCACCCACCUGGACACCAUAAUCGCCAACGCCGGCAUCUGUCCCCCCGAAGGCACGCCCGCGACCGUCUCCAUCUCGGACCUGGAAUCCGCUUUCGCGGUGAAUACUCUCGGUCCUGUGCGGCUGUUCCAGACACUCCGGGGACUGUUGCUCGAGGGAAGUAAGAAGGGGAGGGAGGUCAAGUGGGUGAAUAUGAGUACGGGGGCUGCGAGUCUGGGGUUGUUUGAAAUUACCAAAAUUGGUCUCGUGCAAACGGAAAUGGGCAAUAAUGGCGCUAGAAGAAUCGGGUUGGAGGAGGCGCCGAAUACGCUUGAGGAGUCGGCUACCAAAACUCUUGCUGUGAUUGACAAGGCGACGCGCAAGGAGACCUCGGGCAAGUUUGUGAAUGUCAUUGAUGAGACGGAGUUUCCGUGGUGA